GUGAAUACCUGGAGCAGACAAGCAAUUACACGUCGUUAUGGCGAAACAGAGGAGAUAACUUCAAAUAACUGCUCACAUUAGCUGUGAAAUAUUAAAAGCUGAUUUUUGGUUUUUAAUUUAAUGACAAAAAAAAUGAAAACCAGAGGAAAGAAAUCGUUCAGAGCCGUAAAGUACACGUUAUUUGUGUGCUGCUACGUAUUCUGGGUGUUCAGUGCUGGUCUUAUUGCUGUUGGGAUUUAUGCAAAAAUUGCCAAAGAGUCAGAUGUAGUGGAUACACUGAUGGCAGAUCCAGCGCUGCUGUUGAUCAUUGUGGGUUCUCUCAUGUUCACCAUCACUUUCCUCGGCUGUUUUGGAGCGCUGCGUAACAUCUCCUUGCUACUCAACCUGUUUGUAGCCAUUUUGUUGGUGGUUCUGCUACUGCAAGUAACAGCUGCUGUGCUGGGUCUUCUGUUUUCUGAAAAGGUUCAAGAGAGGACCGAGCAGCUAAUGAUGAAUGCUAUUGUGCGGUAUCGUGAUGAUCAGGACUUGGAAAAUGUUAUUGAUUUUGUUCAGAAAAAGUUCAAGUGCUGUGGGGUGGAUUCCUACUUAGACUGGUCUAAAAACAUGUACUUCAACUCGUCUGAGCACAAUCCCAGUCUGGAGGCCUAUGGAGUACCCUUCUCCUGCUGUAUACGCCAAAAGAAUGAGACUGUGUUCAACUCUAUGUGUGGCUACGAGACCCAAAAAAUAAAGAAAAGUCUGGCUGGUCGCCUCAUCUACACCUCUGGAUGUCUAGAUGAGAUGGUCUGGUGGGGAAAACAGAACCUUCUACUGGUGGGUGGGAUGACCCUUGUCCUACUUUGCCUUGAGAUAUGUAUGAUGUCACUGGCUUCAGUUCAGCUCUGUCAAAUCAGAAAUGUUCAACAGAGGAAGAAGAGGAACCAAAACCGAAAGUCUUGAGAGGUUUUCAUACAUUCACAUUUCACCACUGAGCUUUCAUCGGAAUUGAAAUAAGCACUGCAGUUACAUCAACAGGUUAUAACAUGUUAGAAAUUAGAUCCAAAGAAUGUGAUAGUUCUCUUAUUAUACUGUGGGUUAAUAAACCAAAGAGCUGAUUUAAUUCAGUACGAACAUAAAAAACUAUAGGUUUUCCAGCGCCUGUCUUUGUAUUCUCGAUAAUGUGAAUAAAAUAUAUUAUACAACA